GAUUCAUUUUAGCUAAGUCCCCCAAAGAACAUACAUAAAUGUAAAAUAUUUCAAAUACAGUUUAUACAUUAUUGUGCAUUUGCGUUUAUUGGUACAACUCGAGGUCAACGAAAGUUUGUUUUGGUAAGGUAAACAGCCAUUGGAUGAAGAUGGUGCGCCCAAUGCGUCGCAAGGGAAUCGAGGAGGUAUACGGAUCCAAAAUGGAUGCCUUGCAUCCAGUCAAGUCGGUGGCGAUCUCCCAUGCAGGUAUGACCAAGAAAACAGGGAGGACCGAGAGAUCGGGUCCAGGCGGUGCCACUGGCGGGGGUGGAACCAUUAGCUCCCGACAAGCCGAUGCUCGCACUCAGCGCAGUUUUGUCACCGAAAACGAUUACUACAUCACCACCAAUCUGCCGCUGACGGCGGCUAAUCUGCGAAAUUCUCCUGGUUCGAUGGCCCAGCCAUCAAUAUCGCAGAUGAUUCCCGGCCAUGUCCAGCCAUCGCCAUAUAACGCCAUGUCCUCGAGGCGAAACCAAAUGGCCAACAAGGCCAGUGCCCGUCAGUCGCCGAUGAACAAGGUGCCGCAUUUUAGCCCAGCCGACGGCACGGUGAACAAUAAUGGCUAUGGCAUGUCCAAGCCGAAGGAGACGUACCGAAUGCAGCACCGCGCAAAGGGCAAUACCCAGAGGCACGACUAUCCCAUGGACGACAACGGCGACUUCUCCGAUAAGGAACUAAUGGUGCCCCAGCAGGGAAACAUGGCCAAUAUGCGCCGGCACAAUCAGCAUACCCAUGCCCAUCAAAUGCAAAUGCAGAUGCAGCCCGGUGUCAUGCAGCAUCCGCCGCAGCACCAGCUCCACCAGCAGCAGCAGAUGUCCACUCACAACCAGCUCAAGCAGCAGCAGCUGCAGCAACAGCAGCGCCUCCAGCAUUCGCAUCCGCAUCCACAGCCGCAUCAGCAUCCACAUCCGCAUCAGAAGCAGUCGCGUGGACGACAGCCAGUUCCAACGAGCAAGGUGCACGUGAGUACCGCCGAUGACGAUGAGGAGAAGGAGGACGAUCCCGAGGAGUUCUUCGAGCUGAUUCGCCAGACCGUACAGACGGCCGUAGGAAACACCAUAUCCGAUGCUCUGGGAAAGAACUUUCGUGAUCUGAGCCACAAGAUCGAAAGAUUCUCGGGCGAGUUGAAGCAGACAAACGAGAACCUAGACAGGCUGCAGGAACAAGUCACUAGUAAGGUAGUUUACUAUGGCGAGGAAAACUCGCGACACUUUCGGUACUUGUGCAUGAAGUCCGAGUACGAUAAAAUGUUUUACCAGCACCAAUCGCUGAUGAAUGGAAAGCCAACUCCCGAGAUGUUGAGUCUUUCGAAGGCGAAUCUAGAAGCAACAGCCUCAGCCACCCAGAAUUUAACACGUAAACCAUCGAAACAACAAGCUAGCAAAGUGUUAAGGAAUCAAAGCAAAAUGCCUAUUACCACAAAAAAGGACUUAAACGAGUCCGUGAAGAACUCAAGUGCCUAUCGUAGCAUCUCCAAAGCUCAGCAGCCAGCUGCACGAAAAUCCUCAUCGGACCAAAGUUUAGUUGUAAAAUCCUCUGAAGUGGGCGUGCGUGAAGUUCUGGAUCAUAUUCAGCGCUAUUGCAAUCAGGUGCAAAUGAAAGAUAUGAAUGGUCAAAUGGCAGCUGAACUGCCCAAUCUCGAGGACAUCUUGAUACCGAAGAAUUCCAUCGGCGGACUUUGCGAACCAGCAGCCAUGAGCUCCAGAACCAUCGCUGGCGGUCAGAAGAACAAAAAGGAUGACGACACAGAGUUGGAAACGCCCCUCGAUAGUACGGAUGAGACCUACACCGAAGUGGACGACUUCCAGUUCUCCUCGGACAUCUCGACCUGCAGCGAGGACGACGACUGUGGCCUCAAGUAUCCAAGUGGAGCAACCACCGCCCGGCCAAACCGCAAAUUAAAUCGAAGGGCAGCCAACAAAGGCGCCGGAGAUGGUCAGUAAUGCUACUUGGACUAUAUAUACAUAUAUAUAAUGCUCAACAGAUUGGACAAAUGAAUGAGCAUUUAAACUGAAGGAAUGAAGCCUUUCUUAGCAAUCGCCUUAAUACUUAUUUAAAUAUUACUUUUGGAAUGACCUAAAUUUUUCCGAUAGCGUAAAACAUAAAAAAUUUAAUCAUAAUUUUCGACAAAUUAGCCAUAGGUUAUCGUACCUAGCGUACAUGUAUUCACUUAAUUUAUCUUCAGGAUCACAAUUAAACAAUGUUCAAAAUUCAAAACCA